AUGUCACCGGGCCAGCUCCAGAACGAUGUGGUCAGGACCGAGCUGGAUUCGUCUACAUGGGAUGACAUCAAGGUCCUCAUAAUGCCGACAUUGGACGGCAGAGAGAAGCAAAGGCAACCGCAAUAUAAACCAUCUAUCAACCCAUUGACAAGCAGACCUACCGACGUUCACCACAAAGAUGCACCUCACUACCGUCAAUGGCACCAAUGCGGCCAGAAACAAGCGCGCACCCAAACCCCCGGCACCAAGUACUCGUACCGCGCAACCCCCACCAUCCGCACCACCCCCCUCCUCAUCCGAACGCUCCAACCUCUCCCCCUCUCAAAGCACCAUAACAAUGGCGCACGGCGCGUCCACCGCAGCAGCUCCAAAGCCGCCACCGUGACCGCCGCGCCCGACCUCGCUGCGACGCAGGCCCCGCUCCCAGCAGCAGCACAAGCCGAAGCGCGCACCCCCGCCCUAGCAGUCCUCCCCCUCACCAGCGUCCUGCGCACCUACCUCAUCACGCGUGUCUCGUCCUCGCCAGCGCUAUGGGGGCUGUCGACCGCAAUCCUGCGCCGCAUGGCGAGCCCGUCCAUUGCACUGAUGGACCCGGACCGGAACCCCGUCUUGCAUUGGCUGCUGCGGCACACGUUCUAUGCGCAGUUCUGCGCCGGUGAGAACAAGGACCAGGUGCGCCGCACCGUGGCCGCCAUGAAGGACGUCGGCUUCCAUGGCAUUAUCGUCGAGAGCGCGAUCGAGGUGCUGCCGGAUGGGAGGGAGAUACCGGGCCCGGAUAGCGCGGCAACGAGAAAGGAGAUUGAGACUUGGAAGAGGAAUAUGCUGGAGACAGUGGCGAUUGCAGAGAGCGGGGCGUUUGUGGCGCUCAAGUGGUCCGGGCUGGGGCGGUAUGCGCUGCAGCUCUUGAAGUCGAACCAGCCACCCACGCCCGAGAUGGCAGAAGCGAUCCACGAGGUGUGCGAGCGGGCUGCGGCCAAGAAUGUCGCUCUGCUACCGGGAGCGGAACAUGAAACCACAAAUGAGGGCAUUGACUCUUGGACGUUAGAUCUGGAAGCCCAGUACAACAGAACAGAACCUGGUUACGCGCUCAUGUACAAUACUUAUCAAGCUUACCUCAAGUCCACGCCUGCAAAGCUCGCGCGCCAUCUUGCUGCCGCGCAGAAGGAUGGAUACACCUUGGGCGUAAAGCUCGUCCGUGGUGCUUACCUUUCCUCCGAGCCACGGAAUAGCAUAUGGAGUACCAAAGAGGAGACAGACCGGGCUUACAAUGGUCUUGCCGAAGCGCUUCUCCAGAGGCAAUAUGGAAGUGCCCUGAAGCCCGCAGACGACGCAGCAAGCAAGCAAUUACCGCCUAUCGCUGUGAUUAUAGCGACGCACAAUGCCGAGUCCGUUCGUAAAGUGCAGAGGCUCCGCAAUGAACAAGCCGCGGAAGGGCGUUCACGCGUCAGACUGGCAUAUGCGCAGUUGCAAGGCAUGGCGGACGAAGUAGGCUGCGAGCUCAUUAAGUCGAAGAAAUCGGCGAGUCUGGCUCAGGAAACGAGCGCGUACGGUCCGUUGUGGAGGAAGGUGGACAUACCCAACGCAUUUAAGUGCAUGCCAUGGGGGACGACAGGCGAGUGCUUGCAGUACUUGCUGCGAAGAGCUUCCGAGAACAAAGAUGCAGCAACAAGGACGGAGGGUACAAGAAGAGCUAUGGGCGCUGAGCUAAAGAGGAGAUUGAAGGCUGCUAUGUGGUUAGCAUAGCUGAUCGGAUUAGAAUGUGAUGAGGUAUAUACCCUGCGAGCGUACCCGAGACAUGGCUUCAUCCCGUCAUACUGAGAUUAGAUUGGCG